AUGGCUAAAAAGAUAGGUAAGAAUUCAAGAGCUGCAAGACAGGCAGCUGGCUUAUAUGAUGAUCCAGAAGUAGAAAGCUUAAAAGAUUUACCUCGUGCUCAGAAAACUGAUCUAAGUAAUAUUAUGAUUAGAACAGCAGCUAAAAAUGAAGCAUUAUUGGACGCAAGGAUAAAAAAGAAAAGGAAUGAUAAGAAAAAAAUUGGCAAAAAAAAUUUAGAAGACAAAUUAUCAAAAUCUGUCACUCAUAUGGAUAAAGAAAGAUUGACUCGUGCGUUAAACAUUUCUAAUAAACUGGAUGGCAAAAUAUCUAAAGCUAUUGCUCGUGCUAAAUAUGUUCAAAGUUCCAGAAAAGCUGGUUGGGAUACUACUAAUGAGAUCAUUAAAAGAGAACUUCAGUUAGUUAGUGGUGGAUAUAAUAAUAAAAAUCAGAAGAAGAAACACACUGUUAAUGGUGAAGAAGUAACGGAAGACAAUGAAAUUGAAAAUAAAGAAAUCGAGGAAUCAAUUCUAGAAGAAGAUUCUGAGAGUAAACAAAAUAAGGAGAAAACCUCAACAAAUAUUUUUUCCUUACUUGAAAAUGGAGUAGAACAAUAG